ACCUCGCGCCGGGGCCAAAGGACAGACUGCGAGGGUCAUGGCUACAGAAGGCGAGCCCUCAAACCCAGUGCGGGCCGCGUCCGCUCUGCGUCUGCAAAGCCCGCCAGCACCCAGCGCCGCGCCGCUCUCUCCGCUGAAGCCCUCCGCGGCGCUGGAGGUUCGCUGGGCGGCGGCGGGGCGGGACGGACAGCGCGUAUCUCCAAUGGCCGAGCGCCGUGGCCAGCGAGGGGCGGGGCCCUGCCCCGGCAGGGUCAGGCCCCCGCCCGCCACCUCCCCCCACUCCAUGGUCCCUCCCUCCCGCCCCGAAGCGCCCCGCCCCGCUUCCCGGCUCGCUUUCCUCCCACCCUGUUCGCGACGCUCCGGGGCCAGGCCGGGAUGGAGCCGAGGCGCUCCGGCCGGGCCAGCCUGCCCCCACUCUUCCAGCGCCCUGGCAUCUCCGCCUCAGCCUGCUAGAAACGACUGUCUCCUUUGAGAACACUUGAAAAAGCCCUUUGCCCAUCAGAAGCUUUUCCUGUCAACAGCUUUUCUUUCCCGGCAUGGAACUCAUCGCAGAAAACACUUCCCCAAGGGAGUUCCAGACAGAAGGCUAUCCACCCUGUCCCAUGCAGAGCGUGUAGGAGAGGCGCAAAAGAUAGGGACUGGGCAACAGACCUUCUAUUAACCUAAAGGACAGGCCAUGGGCCCCUGGUGGCUCUGGUCUUGGUGCCUGGGCAGCUACCUCCAUCCACUCUCUGAGUAAUAAAGAUGCAGCCACUUUGGAGCGGCAACAAACAUGACUUCAGCAGGCUGUCGGGCGGUUGGAGGGCUCUCCAUUUGCAUCUAAUGAGAGGCUGGGUUCUAAUUAACUCCUGUGAUGUGUUAAUUUUUCAACCUGACAUUUUCUGCUCUAAUAGAUUCUUGUAAUGGUUCCUAAAUUAAAGGCUGCAUUUGAAGACUAACGUUUAGGUUAAAAUCCACCACCUAGGGGGAGGGGGGAGAGCCCAUAAACAUCCUUUCCCUCCUAAGGGAAACCUCUCAUUUGCAGUUCUUUGCUAACCCAAUUAAGUGCUGAAGUAGUCACCCUAGAGCCUGCUUUUUAUUUCCUGCGAAACAAUCCAACUAAUCCAUAUUCAGUAGCUUCCAAGAAAAGUCUUAUUCCAACCACUCAUGAAGAAACCAGCUUCUUUGAAUCUGGACAGAACAUUUAAAACUCACAAAGAGCUGUCUUGAUAGAAAAUGCAAGAAAGUGGUUCAUUCUUACCCUGUUUGGUUUUGGAGGGGAAAAUGCACUGUGACUAAAACCUCAUAAGGGUUAGGAGUUUACUGUGGGACAACAGAAGCCUGGGGAAAAGCCAUGCCCCAUGCCAUCAGUUUAUAGAUAGUCCGGGUGCUGCUGCUUCUCCUGCAUUCAAACUAGUUAUAAAACAAGAACAUGUAUGCUGAGUAAAGCAGAAGGGAACAGUAAUCUUGGUCAAAGUUGAGGAAUCACAGGCCCCAAGUGGUUAAGAAAUGGCAGAGCCAACCUCUCUUCUUAUUCAUGGUACCAUUAGCCAAGAGCGAAGAAUUAAGUCACCACAGAGCUCUUGGACAUCAAGGAAUCGAAGCCCUGUUUGUCCUUCCAAGCACAAGGUGGUACAGAGGACACUCAUACUUGGCAGGAGUGAUGGUCUAAUGUACAGAGCGGCACCUAAGAACCUUUGCAGGGGGCAAAAAAAUAAUGCAAACAUUUUGUACCUCCACAACCUCGUUCCAUUUCAGUUUUUAUCAGUCAAGCCACUAGCAAAUGUUUAGUGAUGUUUAGUUCAAAUAACCAUUGUGGACAUGUCACUGAGCUGGGUACUGGGUGACAUGCAGAUAAAAAAAGGGGGAUCUCUGCCUUCAAGGAGCUUACAGUCACAUUGGAGGAGAUUAAGACAUGAGACCAA